UGAUUUUCCAGGCAUACUCAAGUUUUCAUCCACAAAUUAGUUGCAGAAACCUCUUUACUUCACUGAUUAAUUUCACCUGAUGCUUGGUUGCACUAACAUUUACCACCGAGAGGGAAUAUUUGGCGUAUCACUGUUCCAUCAGAGGGGACAUCAAUAUUCCUCUACGCCAAAAUGGACUACUUCAUGCCUGCCCGCUUGUCUAGAUGUCCCUCUUCUCACGGCAACCAAAAGGCUGCGUUCCCAGGCAAACAUUAGGCAGAAAGGUGUUAGAUUUACAAAGAUGUCAACUCAAAUUGAGGAGAAGGUGGACAGCAAUUCGAUCAUCGGAGAAAACUUGCAAGAGUUGCCUCUUUCAUCUGCAUAUGAAACUGCCAUGGAAAUGCUGUCCUCUCUUAUAACUCGCCAGAAGCGUGGAACUAGAUCAGCUGUGGAUGGUAAAUACAAAAAAUUGGAUAGAAUGUUGAUGUACAUUAAGAUUCUGGGCUUGGAGGAACGUAUUGCUGGCCUUAAAAUUAUCCAUGUUGCUGGAACCAAAGGGAAGGGUUCAACUUGCACAUUCUGUGAGGCAAUACUACGCGAGUGUGGUUUUAGAACCGGACUGUUUACUUCCCCUCACCUAAUUGAUGUGAGAGAAAGAUUCCAUCUGGAUGGGUUGGACAUAUCUGAAGAUAAAUUUUUAUUGUAUUUCUGGGAUUGUUGGGAACGAUUGAAGGAAAAGGUAACAGAGGAUUUGCCGAUGCCUCCGCUAUUCCAGUUUCUUACUCUAUUGGCAUUCAUAAUAUUUGUAUGUGAAAAGGUGGAUGUUGCUAUUAUUGAAGUUGGUCUUGGGGGUACAACGGACUCAACAAAUGUGAUCAAGGAACCUGUUGUCUGUGGUAUUACUUCUCUAGGUAUGGAUCACAUGGAAGCAUUAGGAGACACCCUAGGGCAGAUUGCUUCACACAAGGCUGGUAUUUUCAAGCCUGAAAUUCCUGCAUUCACGGCACCGCAACUCUCUGAAGCGAUGGAUGUUCUUCAGGAGCGGGCCCAAGAACAAAGGGUUUCUUUGGAGGUGGCGGCACCACUUGACUGUAAAAAGUUAAAUGGAGUAAAGCUUGGCUUGUCUGGUGAUCACCAGUUCAUCAAUGCUAGCCUUGCUGUAGCUCUUUGUAAAAGUUGGCUUAAGAGUACAGGAAACUGGGAAAAGAUGUUCCAAAAUGAUAUUAACAAAGACAAUUUGCCAGAGCCGUUUGUAAGGGGACUUUCUACUGCAUGUCUUUCUGGAAGGGCUCAAAUUGUUCAUGACUCUGCUUCGAAAACUUCCAAUUCAUCAGAAGGGACUAAAAAUUCUCUUGGGGACUUGACCUUCUACCUAGACGGAGCUCACAGUCCUGAGAGUAUGGAGGCAUGUGCCAGAUGGUUUUCUAAUGCUGUGAAAGUGAACAAGGACCUAUCAUUGACAUUUUCUUCUUUCAAGGUUAGCAAUAAAGAGGAAAUUUGGGAGAAUGAUUACAUCCAACAUGAGAAAGAGAAAGAAUGCCGCAAAAUGUUGAAGCAGAUCCUUUUGUUCAAUUGCAUGGAUGUUAGAGACCCUCAAGUUCUUUUUUCACGGCUUGUGAGUACAUGUGCAUCCUCAGGUACUCAUUUUUCGAAAGCCAUUUUUGUUCCAAGUAUUUCGACCUAUAGCAGGGUUACUUCUGGUGCCUCAGUCAUUCCUUUAGAUAUUCCUGCCAGCGACUUAUCAUGGCAAUACAAUCUCCAGAGAGUAUGGGAGAACAUAAUUCAUGGAAAAGAUAUUGUGCUCGACAAGAGUUCCAAGAUAUAUUCCUUGGAGAACUUGCCAUCUCACAACUUCCUUCAUGAGGAUGUUUCUCUUGCAGAUGGAUAUUUCACUAGCAGUGCAGUUUUUCCUUCACUGCCAUUGACAAUUAAAUGGUUAAGGGAUUGUGCUAGAGAAAACCCUUCCUUAAGGAUUCAGGUUCUCGUCACUGGGUCAUUACAUCUGGUUGGAGAUGUAUUAAAGCUACUAGGGAGGUGAUUUGCUGUGAAAAUAUGAACCUGUCUCAAGUAAGUAUCCCGACACCUUUUUGGUCUCGGGGGUACUUAAAGCAAUCAAGCUUCAUCUUGUCACUGUAGGGGGAUCAGAAGAUGAAGUUAGUUAUGUUUGUUGGUAACAUACUUGGUGUUGUAUUGUUAUGGGAAUAUCUCCCUGAGAAUUUCAGGCAUUCAUUAGGAAACCAAUAUUUUUGGCUUAUAAUGAUUAUAUAAGCUCUGUAUGAUUGGAGAUUUAAUGGUAAUGUUAAUCAUUUUAC